AUUGUCAAAAAUAAAGAAGUGAUUAAAAAUGCGUUGAAAAAUGUUUCGCCAAUCGUGUCGACCAUUGCAUACAUUUGUCACCGAAUUUGUUCCCAAACACCACAAGUCGACCGCCGAUGAGAUACAAGCGUUGCGUGAGUUCAUGGCCUCAACGGCUGAGGGAGUAGUGGUGCUGACGGGCGCCGGCAUCUCAACCGAGAGCGGGAUUCCCGACUACCGGUCAGAAGGGGUCGGACUCUACGACCGGAGGGGACACAAACCCAUUCAACACCAGGACUUCGUGGCCAGCGAUGGCAUCCGGAGAAGAUAUUGGGCCCGAAAUUAUUGCGGUUGGACUCGUUUUAGUAGUUUUGAGCCAAACGUUGGCCACAAAUGUUUGGCCGAUUGGGAGCGACGGAAGAAAGUGCAGACAAUUGUGACCCAAAACGUGGAUCGACUGCAUCAGAGGGCCGGCGCUGAACACGUGAUUGAAUUGCAUGGAAGCGCUUAUACCGUGAAAUGCCUUUCCUGUCGAUACAGAGUCUCUCGAUAUCUGUUUCAGCAAACGUUGAAUCAAUUGAAUGAAGACAUUAUCACUAGUGAU